UUGAGUUUUGAGGAGUUUCGUUUUUGUGUGUAUUCUAUUCGUAAUCGAUGUAUAAAUUUUGCCAACGCCUACUUGCGCUAUCGCAGUCACCAUUUAGCAAGCGGCUUGUUUAGUCCCGUACACGGAGAGAAAAAUGGACAUUUAUUACAACAUAAUUUCGCCACCGAGUAGGGCGUUGGCUCUGCUGUUGAGUAAUCUCGGUUUGCUGAGUGUGUCUUGGAAGAGCUUGGAUUUGCUCGCGGGAGAACAGCUUGCUCCGGAGUUUGUGGCCAUCAACCCGCAACACUGCGUACCAACGCUGGUCGACGGCGAUGUAGUUUUGUGGGAAGCCAACGCCAUCAUGGUUUAUCUGGCGGAAAAGUACCAGAUUCCGGAAUCGGGUUAUCCGACAGAUCCGGUUCGUCGGGCACUCAUGUUGCAGCGAAUGUUCUUCGACGUGGGAACCCUGCACAAGGCCAUUACGGAGUGCUACAGCCAUCAGGUGGUAACUGGGAAGCAGGAGAAAAGUGAAACUGCCGUCAAGAAGUUGGACGAAGUUCUGAAACUUUUGGAUGGAUUCCUGGCUAAGGGAAAAUACGUGGCUGGUGAUACGUUGACGUUGGCCGAUUUCUCCAUUGCAGGAACGAUGUCCAUUUUGACGCUGGUUGAACACGAUUUGAGUUCGUAUGAGCAGAUAAUACGGUGGCAGAACUUGUGCAGUGAGAAAAUGUCCGGCUAUGGAGGGUUGAUGGACGAAGCUGAAGCCGAGUGGCCAAAGUUUUUGGAAAACUUGAAGAAAACAACGAUCUUUGGAUACUUCUCUAGUCCAAACCCACAAACGUCCAAAAACGAGACGCUGGCCACCAGCGUCAAAUCCGCAACGGUCAAACGAUCUCCAGCUGCGUACCGACUCCGCCCCAAAAACUCCUCCAAAAAGCCCAAAGCCUCGCAGACCUUCUCCAGGUCCUUCUCCGUUGCGACGGAUUUGCUGUUCCACUGCGUACGAGAUACGCAUCAAAGAUCGGAUAUUGUUAGGUUAUUUGAGAUCUUUGAAGGUCCUUCAGAGCAUUUUUUUUGGGAAGUAGUGAGAUUUACCAACGGAACAUUGUUGGCAAAGAAAAAAAAAACAAUGUUUACUGUUAAAACAAGUUGCGUGUGUAUUUUUAUCCGACUCAAACAAAAUUAUUUGGAGAUAACGUUAUCUUAUCGUUCCUGCAAAAACUUCAUGAACGAUAGAUUCACAAAAUCAAUUUCACCUCGGCCGUCUCUGUGGUCAGUAACGUCUCCUGAAUCCAGAGAUCUUCAAAACCACAAACCGAUGGAUCUGUACUACCACCCGAUUUCACCGCCCUGCUGGUCGGUCCUCCUGCUAGGACGCGAACUUAACCUAACCUUCAACCUCAAAGUGAUCGACAACUCCGUUCAGGGUGCCGCGCGGGAAUCCUUCGUCAAGUUCAAUCCGCAGCACCAGGUGCCCACCCUGGUGGACGGUGACUUUGCCAUCGGCGAAUCCCGCGCCAUCCUGUCCUACCUGAUGGACGCCCACGCCGGUUCCGAUGACCACCCGCUCUACCCGAGAGCCCCAAAAUCCCGUGCCCUCAUCCAGCACCGGCUCAACUUCGAUCUGGGCAUGCUGUACCGCCGGGCGUACGACUACUUCUCGCCCAUCUGGCGGUCCGGAACGAUCGGAACCGACGCCGACAGGGAGAAACUUCGCGAGGCGCUCGGAUUUCUCGAGGAAUACCUCGGUCGGAGCGAGUACGCGGCCGGCGAUCGACUGACCAUUGCGGAUUUGGCGCUGGUGGCGAGCGUGUCCUUUAUGGACGUGUGCCGGUUUGAGGAGCUUGCCAGCUACCCGAAAGUGAGCACGUGGUACGAACGGUGUCGGGAGGAGUUGAAGGGUUAUCAGGAGGCGGUGGCGGAUCAGUUUUCCGACGCGAGGGCGUUUAUCGAGCAGUUCAAGUGAGAUGUUGGCGAACACGUGAUUGAACCAGUGAGCAGUUUUUUUAUGUCAAGUUUUAUAUUGUUUUGGUCCUUUUUUCAAACUCAUUCAAACUCGUAAGCUAGAAUUAAAUCAAAACUUGUCAUGAAAAUAUAACAUUUUUGUGAAUAUAAAAAAGGUAUUUGGAACAAAGUUGA